AUGUUCCACUUGGCGAAGGGGCUGUACCACAAUUGGACUCGCAGGGAACAGUACUCCGUGCUGAUUCUUGGGCUGGACAACGCGGGGAAGACGACGUACUUGGAGACUCUGAAGAGGACGUACAGUUUGCACUCGAAACCGCUCGAUAAGAUUGUCCCGACCGUCGGGCAGAACGUCGCGAUGAUCCCCGUGGACAAUGGGCGCAAAGUGCUCAAGUUCUGGGAUGUUGGAGGACAGGAGGCCCUCCGGAACAUGUGGUCCGAGUACUACUCGCAGUGCCACGCCAUCGUGUUCGUCGUCGACAGCACGGAUAGCUCCAGAAUAGACGAGUGGGAGCGCACGCUCACGUCCAUCAUGAUGGAUGACGACGUGGAGGGUGUCCCCGUGCUCAUGCUCGCCAACAAGCAGGACCGACCGGACAGGAUCGAAAUCCAGGACAUAAAGGAGAUCUUCAACCAGAUCGCAGAACACCUCAGCGCAAGGGACAGCAGGGUGCUCCCCGUCAGCGCACUCAACGGCGACGGGAUCAAGGACUCCAUGGAGUGGCUCACAGUGAGGCUGGACAGGAACAAAAAGGGCAGACCGCCAAUCCUCAAGUAA